AAAUUCCCUCUUUCACCCACCCUCACUCCAACUCACUGUUUCCACUCUGUUGCCUUCUGGGUUUCGUCUCUCUUCCCAUAACUCGAGUGAAAAAAAGCCUUCGCUUGCCUGCUUGCUUUCUUCUUCUCAUUCUCAGGAAGAUGGGCUUUUUUAUGUGCAGCUUUUCUUGGUUGGCUUCAUUUCUUUAAGUUUCAAACUUGCUUCUUGAACAUCAAAUAAAUAAGAGAAGUGCUCCCACCCCUACAAUUCAAGAAUGUAUGUGCUAGAGAACAGGGCAAAAUCACAACAUGGCUGAGACAAUCUCUGCACUGUCAACAAAACGGGGCAAAUGAUAUUUGUUAGCACCAUGAGGAGCUCCCUGGAUGCAAUUUAAAUCACAUGAUCUUCUCCAUCUUCAAAGUUUCAAACUUGCUUCUGGAUAAAGCACUUUUGUUGUAGUAGUGUAAAGGUCAUGGAUAUUGGACAAAUGAAAUGUUCCUCGAAUUAUGGAAAGCCUCCAUGGAUAUUCAAAGGCAGUGCGUUGUAUCAAUUCCAUCUUGUCAAAGCAGCAACUGUUCGUGCAUGCAUCCCAAAAGAGUUCAGAUUAGUUGAAGCAUUUGGGUAUACCCUUGGUGGCUUCUUUCUUGCCAACUAUGAUGACAGUCCAGCUGGAGUCUUUGAUGAGCUCGUUGUAAUUGCUGGACUUGUAUGGAGCCCACCAACAUCUUGCGCAUGGGCAGCUAAGGUGCUGGUGAAUAGUGAUGAAGCUUGUGAUCAUGGACGAAAGGAAGUGGGGCUUCCAAGUCACGUUGCGAGGUUUUCUAAGACAAUUACAGCAGUUUCAGGGAAAUCAAAGAGCAAAAAUAUUGGAUUUCUAAAUGCAAUUGGCAUGAAUGCUGUUUUCUGUGAACCAAGAGAUUGUAUGGAUGUUCAAGUGACUGAAAUCAACAAUCCAACUGUAAAAGAUAUCUGUAAUAUCAACCUUACCACUUUUGUGCCUGCAUCAAAUAUUGGCAACUGGAUGGGGCCAGCGAUCAAAAUGUCACUUCCAAGUUUUAGUGGCCGUACAGAAUAUUAUCCCAACCUUCUCAAGUACUCUUGCCAGAUUGAGUGCAGGGUGCGAGCAGUGCAUCCAGCAAAGGUAUCAGGACCACCUUCGAUGCCAAAGAGCGAGGCAGAACAAUCUUCAGAAAUCCAUCAUGCGACAGAAGAAUUCAUGGAUAAUGGCAAGAACCUCUGUGUAGCUGUGAUGUCAUCAAAGCCUAUAUUGGCAUUAAAGUUCAGUUGUAUGAAAAUGCAGGUUGAAGCUCCAGUUGUAGUUCCCAACAGCUUUAACAACUCUCUAGCAACCUCUUGAUUGUGUUAUCUGUUAUAAUAUUCCAAAUAAUUUCUUCUGGCUUGCUGUGAUUUCAACAGUAAGAAUUUAGUCUCAGCUUCUUGCAACUUUGAGUA